UGGUAUGGCUGACACUACGAUUCUCGACACAACGUGCUCUUCCACGUUAGCUGCCAACGUGGAAUUCUCACACGCCACCGAUUCGGCUAUCGGAAUUUCGCUGAAAAAUGCGACGAUUACAGAAGCCGAAGGGGUGCCAAAUUUGAAAGAGACUGGAUACGAUUGUGUACGAUAUAUGGGAACUUGCAACGGAGGUCAAAUAUAUCUUGGCAGAGAACGAAAAAAGCUGAAAGAUUAUGUGGCAAUCAAGAAAUUUGCCAUCGAUGAUGUGGAUGAUUAUGCAGCGAUUGCGAAAGAAUCAUCAAAUCUCCGUCUAAUGCACCAUCCGAAUAUCAUUGAACUAUGUGAAUGCUUUGUCUACGAACGAUCAAUAUAUCAAAUAACACCUGCAAUGAACCUCGGAUCAUUAUUUGAUAUUGUAUUUGAAUAUAUGAAAUGGGGUAUCAAUGAGAAAUCGGCUGCUGCAAUUACACGACAACUACUCGAUGCACUUUCAUAUUUACAUCAGAGACGUUAUAUUCAUAGAGAUCUAAAACCGAAGCAUAUCCUCAUCGACUCCAGCGGCAACGUGAAGCUCUCGGGAUUCCGAUUCAUGAUCGAACUGAAUCAUCACCUGGAUUGUGUGUUCGAAUUUGAUGCUCAUCUCCAAAAUCAGCUCUACUAUUUGGCACCGGAAGUGCUCGCACAGAAUAUACACGGAUACACGUCGAAAUCCGACAUCUACAUGUUGGGCAUAUCGAUUUGUGAGGCAAUCAAUGGAGUUAUGCCUUUUGGAGAGCUUGAACCACUUGAAAUGCUCCAUCGGAAGCUUAAUGGACAGGUUCCGAGACCGGUGGACAUGAUUAGUUUGAAGGAUGAUCAGAAGAUGGGAUUGGACAUUUCCCACCGCCCCCAGGAGCACUUGACACGUCGAUUUUCGAAAGAAAUGCACGAAUUCAUCGCCAACUGCCUCGACUAUGAUCCACAACAGAGAGGCUCUGCGUCCGACCUGAAAUCGUCCGCGUGGCUCGGGUCAAAAAUUCACAAAAAUCUGGGCCCGGUAGAUGUCCGUCAAGAGCUUAACCUGGACUAUGCACAUUUCGAUUUAUCACUCUGGGAACAGGAACCACUUAUUCCGAUGGAACCCGAUCAGAAAUAUGAGAUUGUCUUUGAUUACUCGCCAAUUUCCUGAACAAAUUAUUUAUUUUUAUUGUCUCUCCGUGAUUUUUUAGUGCUCCGCUGAGCCGAUAUGUAAAUAUUUUU